AUGUCAAAAUAUAUCAAUCGAUUCACAAUGAUCCCGAAGGAGUUGUUCCGUCUGAGCAAUGGAUCGACAUUAUCUCUUUGUGGCAGAACCAUGAAGACAACUGGCAGCUAUGAUAUCUUGACCGAAGGCGGGAAAGUCAAACCGAAGGCGAUCACAUACCCUGAGACUUAUGAAGGACCCAACGGUGCCUCAAUGCGCCCCAAUACCCCUACUCAGCACCAGAUCGUGAGGAAUUUCAAGGUUAGCGGUGUUAUUAUCUACGCUGUUCCUAAAGACACACGACUGCCCGAUGGCCUGGUUCUCGUGCACGAACGGGGCGAUCAUUCUUUCUCUCCUGUGGCAUGGCCGAGGCUAAUGCUCGCAGAACUGAACACGAAAAUCAACAAUUUCCUUGCCGCCAAAGCUCAGCGUAUGACGAAGUCAGAAUGGCUAGAAAAAUAUCCCGCUGCGACGGAAACACCAUAA